GUCCGGGUAUGCAGAACCAUGGUUGACGUUCCGGGGAGACUUCGUCCCCAUACCUUGAAGCAUCUACGUCAGACCACCAGAACCAUGAAUGAAACGAAUUCCAACAGGACGGCCCAGAGAGAUCAGGCAUGUCUCCUGUUGUUCCAGGGGCGAUACAGGAUUUCAAUCGGACCGGGAUAUUGUCUUGGUCAUGAGACAAUGGUCUGGGGACAUAUAAAUACCAGGCGUUCCCUUUGUGACGCAUCGGACAUUUUAUUUUCCAAUAUAUAUUCCUCAUUGCAUAUUGCUCGCUGAAGUCACACAUCAUACGAUGCCUCACAUAUAUUCCCGCGAUGAUAAUGAGAUCGCAUCCGCGAUUGAAGAGAGGAUACAUGCUAUGCGUAACUAUAAAGCUGCGCUGAGGAGGCGUCGAGCGUCUGAGAGCGCCAAGUACACCGAGGAGAUACAUGACCAUAGAGUCCAUGGCGGCCAAGUCCAGCAAGAGUCGCAUGCAAUGAAUCAGCAAGACGAUGAAGCGACCCGAAUGAUCAGUGGUCUUGAUGCGCAUCGUAAUAAUCUGCUCAGAGAUACCGGUGCGUGCUUGACGGAAAAUCAUGAACCGGCGGAGUAGGAAUUUCCUCUACGGAAGAUGGUGUUGCAUGGGUUGAAGAGGCCACCAGGACAACGGUGUAACACUCACUGUAUUACUUUCUUAUGAUCAUGUUUGGCAAAAUUUGUUAUAUACCCACAGGGGAGAACCCUAAUUAGCAGGACAAUUUGUAUAAAACGAUAUCGGCAGUGACCGGAUCUGACAAAUAGACUUUCGUUGAAGAUCCUCCGCUAUGGAGGCAUGUUCUGCACUGUCCCUCUCACGAUUCAAGCAGGUAGUUUCAGUUAAUUGGGCGUGUCUGUCAGACAUCGAUUCCACAGAUCGGAAGAAAGGUCCGGAUCAUGUUGUCCAAUCAUAUCGUGUAGGGCUAGCCCCAAUUGCCAGUUCUAGCUUAGUGACUUGGUCAGGUGACAGAUGGAAUCGAUCUUAUCUUUUCUCCUCUUCCCUUCUGCCCUAAUGAUGGAACCACUGUUAAGACUAGAGAAUAUUUGGUGAACCCGGCGAGACGGUGACGUAAUGACUUGAUUUCUUGCUGGAUUUUUUCGUUCCAAGGGCCCCGUAAUUUUGCGUCAUUUUUUUUUCUUUUUUCUUUUUUUAUUUGGCAUCCUUCCAAGACCGCUAGUUAAGUAGUAAGUACUGUACUACUACCACAUCGGACAAUCUUGACUGUUUAGUACCGGGGUUAAAUACCGUCCAUUGAACUUUU